GACGGCUGGUGGGCGGGCAGCAUGGGAUUCGAGGAGCUGCUGGACCAGGUGGGCGGCUUUGGACCCUUCCAGCUGUGGAACGUGGCCCUGCUGGCUCUGCCCCGCGUGCUGCUGCCCAUGCACUUCCUCCUGCCCAUUUUCCUGGCGGCCGUGCCUGCCCACCGCUGUGUCCUGCCUGGGAGCCCGGCCAACAUCAGCCACCAGGAAGCAUGGCUAGAGGCCCACCUGCCCCGGGAGCCUGACGGCACCCUCAGCUCCUGCCUGCGCUUCUCCCACCCCAGGGCCCUCCCCAACACCACGUUGUGGGGAGGGGAGCAGAGUCCUGGGGAGCUGGAGGGUGAGCCCUCCACAGAGCCCUGCCCUCAGGGCUGGGAGUACAACAGCUCGGAGUUCUCCUCCACCAUUGUGACUGAGUGGGACCUGGUGUGUGAGCGGAAAGGCCUGAACAGAGCCACUUCCACCUUCUUCUUCGCUGGUGUGCUGGUGGGGGCUGUGGCCUUCGGAUACCUCGCGGACAGGUAUGGGCGGCGCCGUCUGCUGCUGGUAGCCUAUGUGAGUGCCCUGGUGCUGGGCCUGGCAUCUGCGGCCUCAGUUAGCUACACCAUGUUCGCCAUCACCCGCACCCUCACUGGCACAGCCUUGGCUGGCUUCACCAUCAUCGUGAUGCCCCUGGAACUGGAGUGGCUGGACGUGGGACACCGCACCGUGGCAGGUGUCCUGAGCAGCACCUUCUGGACAGGGGGUGUGAUGCUGCUGGCACUGGUCGGGUACCUGAUACGGGACUGGCGAUGGCUUCUGCUGGCUGUCACCCUGCCUUGUGCCCCAGGCAUCCUCAGCCUCUGGUGGGUGCCUGAGUCAGCGCGCUGGCUUCUGACCCAGGGCCGCGUGGAAGAGGCCCAUAGGUACCUGCUCCGCUGUGCCAGGCUCAAUAGGCGCUCCGUUGGUGAACAUGGCCUAAGCCGGGAGGCUCUGAGCAAAGUGGCAGCUGGGGAACGCGUGGUUCGAAGACCCUCGUACCUAGACUUGUUCCGGACUCCACGGCUCCGACACAUCUCAUUGUGCUGCAUGGUGGUGUGGUUUGGCGUAAACUUCUCCUAUUAUGGCCUGAGCCUGGAUGUGUCAGGCCUGGGACUGAACGUGUACCAGACGCAGCUGCUGUUCGGGGCCGUGGAGCUGCCCUCCAAGCUGCUGGUCUACCUGUCGGUGCGCCACGUGGGACGCCGCCUCACCCAGGCGGGAACGCUGCUGGGCACUGCCCUGGCCUUGGGCAUCAGAAUGCUGCUUCCCUCUGAAAUGGGGUCCUGGAGCACCGCCCUGGCGGUGAUGGGGAAAGGUUUUUCUGAAGCUGCCUUCACUACUGCCUACCUGUUCACUUCGGAGUUGUACCCUACUGUGCUCAGGCAGACAGGAAUGGGGCUGACUGCACUGGUAGGCCGGCUGGGGGGCUCUUUAGCCCCCCUGGCGGCCUUGCUGGAUGGUGUGUGGCUAUCGCUGCCCCAGCUAGCUUACGGGGGAAUCACCCUGCUGGCUGCCUGCACUGCCCUCCUGCUGCCAGAGACAAGGCAGGCGCAGCUGCCAGAAACCAUCCAGGAUGUGGAAAAGAAGAGCCUUCAGGAGGAGGAGAUGUCCAUGAAGCAGGUCCAUGACUGAGUAGGACCAGGGGCAGGCCCUCCACAGAAGCGCUGCAGCAGGAGCUGGGAGAGCAGAGGGCAGGCCCUGUGACCAGGGCUGGGGGUACUGAGCCCCUGCCCAGGGCUGGAGUUGUCACCAAUGGCCCCCUCUCUGUGCUCUCCAGCCUUAAUUAUUUGGCCUCCAACAACAGAGUGAUUUCCCAGGAUGAAGUGGGCUGCUGGAGAAUUCUGGCAUUCCUCUCAUGGCUGGGGUAAUUUUGUAAAUAAAGCUGCCCCUUGUGUUGGGGCAAUGGUGAGCAGCUGUGGGAAGAGCCAUAGAUGGAAAGCCAUUGAGUCUGGCCCUGGACUCUGAUCUCAGCUUUGCCACUAAUUUACUGUGUGACCUUAAGCCAGUGGCUUUCCCUCUCUGGAUCUCAGUCUAUUCAUCUCUCAAAUGGAUAAUGAAGCAGACCUCACCACAGGAUCUAUCUGCUGUCACACUCGAAUGAGAUUCUGAACAAGAUCCUUCUCUGGAGAUGGUGUCAAAGAAGGGACUUGUCCUCUGAUGAUUUCUGGUACCAACAGGGCUCGUGGGCAUGCUGUCUACUGUGUGGUGCUAGGGGCUGCCCGAUGCCAGGACCAGGGGACUAGGAGUAUCGAGCUUUUUGUGGCCAUGAAUGGUCCUGCUACCUCCUAGGCACUAGGCAGGGUAAUGCAUCCCUUCACCCCCACACUCCCCACCCUCCAACCCACUGUCUAGGACUUCUGUCCAAAGAAGAGUCAAAUGAAUGGGAGCCAAUAUUUUAUUGGAGAAGCCAGAGAAGCUGAGAAUAAACACAAACUUUUACAUACCCUGAAGUUCCAGAAUUUGCUGGGGAAAGGGAUUAGGGAGGCCAGGAGGCCAGCCUUCAGAAUGGGGUGGACUGUGUCCCCAGAUAAGAAUGGGAAAGGAGUUGGCAGAGAAAAUCUAGAUUCUGGUCUACCAUGGGCUUAGGCCCAGGCCACCAGAAU